AGUGAGUCGCGCAGGCGCUUUUUCCUUCUCAAGUCCGCUCUGGUUGCUCGUUAGUGACUGAGGAGCUUCUUGGCCCGACAACGACUCAGCUUAAAAGACUCUCGCCUAGAGAGCAACGCCAUGUUCCGGCGGAAGCUGUCGGCGCUCGACUACCACAACCCGGCCGGAUUCAACUGCCGAGAUGAAACAGAGUUCCGAAACUUUAUUGUUUGGCUUGAAGACCAGAAAAUCCGACACUAUAAAAUUGAAGAUAGAGGGAAUUUAAGAAACAUCCAUAAUGCCACAGAAUGGUCAAAGUCCUUUGAAAAGUACCUUAAAGAUGUGAAUUGUCCCUUCACUGUACAAGAACGGCAAGAAACCAUUGAUUGGCUUUUGGGAUUGGCAGUUAGGCUUGAGUAUGGAGACAAUGCUGACAAAUACAAGGACACUACACCUGAAGGGGCUAAAAAUGCAGAUAAUGUGGCCAAAAAUACAGAACCCCUGAUAAACCUGGAUGUGAACAAUCCUGAUUUUAAAGCUGGUGUGAUGGCUUUGGCAAAUCUUCUCCAGAUCCAACGCCACGAUGACUAUUUGGUUGUACUUAAGGCAAUCCGUAUCUUGGUUCAAGAACGCUUGAGUCAGGAUGCUAUCGCAAAAGCAAAUCAGUCAAAAGAGGGUCUGCCUGUCACCUUAGACAAGCAUAUUCUUGGCUUUGACACUGGAGAUGCUGUUCUCAACGAAGCUGCUCAGAUCCUCCGACUACUGCACAUAGAAGAGCUCCGUGAGCUGCAGACCAAGAUAAAUGAAGCCAUUGUAGCGGUUCAGGCGAUUAUUGCUGAUCCAAAAACUGAUCACAGACUUGGCAAAGUUGGGAGAUGAACAAACAAAAAGGCUUUUGGCUCUCCUGUUGCUGGCAUGCAGUUAAGGGACUCCUCCAGAUCUAGCAUGCAAUUCCAAAAGGAUGCAGCUCCCAUGUUUGGAAAGAAACCAGGGCAACUGCCAGCACAUCCUCUAAAUAUUUUUCUUUGCAUAAAUAAAGCUUGGAUUAAAUGGA